AUCCCUUCCACAAUUGUGCCCGUGAGUUCAUCCCCACUAUAAAUGAAAGAAUCCCAGUAGAUGUCAGUAUUAUUUUGUUCGUUGAAAUAGCAAGAGACUUCGAAUUUGUUGUAAUGUGAAGUAGCCAGUCUGGCGUUUUUUAUUUAAACGUUUAAAUUAUACUUUAUUUAUUGGAUUGCAAUUCUACGAUGAGGGAUGAAAACAAUUUUAUCGGCGAGUAAAAUUUUCGUUGUGACGGUACCAUAGGACAGGAUGCGAAAAACUAUUUUGUUAAAUACAGAAUUAGUUUUCUGUAACAUUCCGAUUUGAUGUUCCUUUAAAGUCUUUCUCAGGAGCGGAUCUUAUAUUCCUUUGUCCGCCAUGUUGAAAAUGAAAACUGAUGCGUUUUAAUCACCAAGCAUGGAAAAUAACAGAAAUGAUUAUGAUGAUGAACUUCGAAAACAAAUUGAUCGAUGUUUAAGAAAAACUUCGGAAAUAAGAAAACGGUUGAAAGAAAACCGGAGUAAGUUUCCGAAAUGUGAAACAUACUUGAGCGCAUUGGAUGCCAUCGAAACGAUCGUUUCUGGACCCAAGGCUACCAAAAACAAAUGUGAUAAAUUGGAAGACAAACUGAAUGAAUAUCAUCGUAUGAUCUCAGAGGCUAGAGAGAGGGAAAAUUUGCAGUAUUCGAGAAGUCCGGAUUCUACUGCUACUCAUGACUUCGCCAAUGUUACUUCAGAAAGUGGAAGGUAUGUUCAUGAUCGUCGAAUACGGGAUAAUUCUAGUGAUUAUCAUCCAGAUUCUACUACAAUGAAUGAAGGGCCGUAUGGUUCCUUGAAUCGUCGAAACGAAUCUCACGAUGCGAAUAAUGUGGUAUCUUCUUCGUCGAGUAGAAGAUAUUCUCCUGUUCACGUUCCAGAUGAUACUUUUCCAUCUCUUUAUUCGAGGCGAAGAGACAAUAGUAUUGAAUCUGAAAGAUCGGUCAGUGAAACCGAUGAUCCUGUGCGUUUGAUUAUGGACACUGUGAAAAAUCGACUUGAUCAUAGCGUAUUAAAUCAGUCUAGUCAUUCAAAUUACGGAAUGUCCUCGACAGAAGAAAUAGAAAGAUACGAAGGUACUAUGAAAUCGCAAUUCUUUGAUGACGAACUACCUGUAAUGAACAUCAGUCGUGAACUUCAUGAAGGGGGUAAACUUUCUUCUUUGUUAGAAAAAUUGAUGGUCCAACCCGAAAAUAGUUCAACACCGGAGAAAUCAAAUACUGCAAAUUUCAACGCUAGUGCGUCGACGUUGAGCGCUUCGAAUUUAAAUACAGAGGCAACGAUAGCGAGCGCUUCGAAUUUGAACGCAGAAUCAUCGAUUCAAGAUUCGCCCGAUUUGAAUGUAUCCCCCAAUAAAAAUGUCGAUUCUCAACAGAAAAAAGACAGACCUCUGAGCGUUCGUGAAAAAAUUGCGCAAGGCUUUGGAACAUUGCAUAAGGUGGGUGAAAGCAGCAAAAUUCGCCCAUCUUUGAAACAGCUCAAGUCUGAUAGAAAUUUGUCGAGUUCUCCGUCUUCUUCUUCGUCGACGUCGUCUAAAGACCAGGAUGAUUAUCGGUCAAGAAAAUCAUCCGACUAUCACCGACAUUCUGAACGCUAUUCUCGCUCACCGCGUUCUCCUGGGCCGUAUUCAAGAAGAGAUUCGCCCCGCGGUUAUCGCUCUCCGAAAGAUUCGCAAGAUGAUUAUCACACAUCCAACCGUAGAAGAUCAAGGUCGCGUUCACGUGAACGACGUCGAGCCGAUUAUUCCGACAUUUCUAGCAAUAAUAGAAUUUUGUCAAAAAUAUCUUUGAAGGACGAUCCUCAAUCAACUUCUUUCAGAAGUUUCGUUAACAAUGUAGGAAGCGGUAGAUGUCCAUCUAAUGAACGAAAAGAUAACGAGAAUCGAAAGAAAGACGACAAAAACGACGAUUCCAAGCCCAGCUUCAAAGUUCUAAAGAAAUCUUCCAUGAGAUUCAAAGUCAACACUAAUCUACCUGCUAGCAAAGUCGAUUCAGACGCAGAAAAUAAUACAGCCAAAGUUGAAGCUGAAACGACUGAAGCAACAAAGACUGAAGCUGCUCCAACUUUGGCUGCUGCUCCAACUGUGGCUGCUCCUUCAACUGUAGCUGCUCCUCCAACAGCGGCUCAUCCUACAACUGUAGCUGCUCCUCCAACAGCAGCUUAUCCUACAACUGUAGCUGCUCCUCUGACAGCAGCUUAUCCUAUAACUGUAGCUGCUCCUCUGACCGCAGCUUAUCCUCCACCUGAAGCUACUCUGCCUUCUUCUCCGGUGUGCACUCCAUCUCCGCGAUAUAGUUCACCCGCGUACAGUGAUCCGACUUCAAGUCCUCGAAUUCAGCCUUUGUUGGAUGUGAGAUUACCAGAAACAUAUUUCAACGAUCAACAAGAAGGAUUUUCAAGACCCUAUAAAGCUGACCCUCGUUUGAAGCAAACGUUUCCUCAAAACACUGACCCGCGGUUUGGACGCCAACCUUUUCAAAAACCUCUUAUUCCAAAAGAUCCAAGGACAACCAGAGUACCUCCACCUUCUAUUCCUGUAAUACGUAAAGACAUAAUGGGCUUUCAUACUAGAAUAGGAAUACCACCACCCGAAGCUGGCUUUUCCAGUAUUCCUAGAACACCGGAAGAUGUUUUCUCCAGAACACCGGAAGCCAGUUUUUCUACUAUUCACAGAACUGGGGAAGUUGGAUUUCUUAACGUUCCUAAGACUCCAGAAACUGGAAUUCCUAAUGAUCGGAGAAUGCCAUCAUCAAGUUUUCCUGCAGUGAAUAGAGAAAUUGAUGAUUCAUUCCGUUCUAGAGUGGGAAUCACGCCAUCAGAAUCAAGUGUUUUUAAUAUUGCAAGAACUGCAUCAACGCCAUCUACAACUCCUAACAUAAGCAGAGAGAAUGCGAGUCAAUUGCCAUCUUUCCAAAAUCAACCUAAACCUUCAAAUUUCAUUCCUCCUGUUACCAAAGAAACGGAUACGAAUCAACCGUCAUCUUCGCAAGGCAAGCCUCAUCCUGCUAAACAGAAUCGCUUUCAGUCCCGGUAUCAAGUGAUCAAUAAUGUUACACGCAAUAAUCUUAAACAGUUAGCCAAUCACAAAAAUAAUAUGAACGGAAAUAUUUACAACAAACCGAAACAAAAUAAUUAUUCAAGAACUCCAGCUAGUCAUAUCGAAGUCAAAGAACAAAGAAAAAAUUCCAACGAGUUUCAAAGCCCUCUUGAAGGCAUUUUUCAGACUAGCGAAGCUCCUAAAACUGGCCGAGGGUAUGGUCAACAGAGGCCGAAGAAAAAUGCUCAACCUCCGACAUUUAACAAAAAGUUCACUAUUCCGAAAAUAAGAAAACCAUCGGCAGAGGCAGAUAAAGUUACUGAAAAUCCAUCCUCUACAAAAGGAACGAUGAAGAAGUCCGAGCUUUCAAAUGCCGACGAGGAUUGGAGCGAAUGUUCGGGUAACUCAGAAGUAGAAACUCCGACGAAAAAUUCCACUUCCUCAUCAGAAAAGACAAAAAAAAUAUUCCACGAUGACGACGAUUGGGAUGCUGCAAUAUCUGAAAGUGACAGUGCAAAUGAUGCGGUGACGGCGUCGCCGCAGGCAUCGUUCCCAAGUAAUGAUACACCAUCGUUAUCAAGUAGUAAUACCCCGAAAGCAUCAUUGCCAAGUAAUAAUACCCUGCCGACGUCAAGUAGUAAUGCGCCGAAAGCAUCAUUGCCAAGUAGUAGUACCUCGAAGGCCCCCCUGGUGCCAAGUAAUGAUACUGUCAGCAAUGUGGAUGAAAUUAAUCGUAAAACUGUUGAACCAGCUCAAGUUGAUAUUACUGCUAGUAUUAUAGACGAAGAAGAAUGUUGGGAUCCGGUCGACUCGCCGCCUAUCGAACAUAUUAGUGAAACGAACACGUCCAAAGACACUGCCGAAAUUCCUCCGCCCAAGGAUCCUAUUAGGAUAGAAAUUGUCGACGGCGAUAUUCCUGGUCAGGAUUAUGUGGAAGAUCUCACUCACGAGAAAAGCGGAGAUGAAAUAAUUGAAUUAGACGACAAUGAUGACGCUGAUAAAUCAGAUUCUUCACGUAGUGUUCAAUCCGCAGGAAAUGAUUCUCCCGCUGACCAUACUGCACCGCAAGUACAUGAAGUGUGUUCCUCCGAGACUGAUUAUUUGGAUGAUACUACUUCGAAGCAAGAUCAUUUAAAAUCGGCGGAAUCUGAUUCUCAAAGAGUUCAAAAACAAUUCCCUGAACAAGGCGAUACGCAUGCAACGACUACCCCCGAUUUUCCUACUCGAGAUAGUACUCAAUCGGAGCAUAACGAACGAGCUGGUGCUGGAAGUCGUCGUUCGAGUGAUACCGUUGGGCAAGAUGCGCCAUCUUCUCAAGCAGAGAAAUCCGAAACCUCGAACGAUGAAAUUUUAAAAACAAAAGUUGUCGAUUACUUGCAGUCGCUUUCAAAUCCGCCAAAAAUUUCGGAAGAUGAAGCACAACAGUCUUUUGGGCUAUUCAUGCUCACGCUGGUUACAAAGCUCACUCCUGAGCAAUUUACUGAACUGCAGGCUGUAAUUGCAAAGCACCGGAAUGGCAAUCAAAAUGAGCCGAAAGAAACAACGCCUGCCGUUGAAGACAACGUACCAGAACAGCCAACGGUGGAAGAGGAAACACCGCCCGCGAGAGGUUUUAGAGGUAGAAGAAAAACGAAGAAAAAUGCUCCGAAAACUAUGGUUAAACCAAAGCCACCUGUUCAACCGAAGAAAACUUCUAAUCAGAAUACAGUGAGGAGAAGAUUUACAGAACUAGACAGGUUGCAAGCCGAUAUCAAGAAAAUGCAGCAUACCAAGAACAAUGUGCUGGAUAUAGGCGAGACUAGAAGGUGUAGGUUCCAAACUCUUCAGAAAUUAGAUUCAAAAGCAUCGAGGCGAGCGAACGAAGGAUGGAUGAGCUCGGAAAGCGAAUUCGAUAGUACGACAAAAAGUGGAACUCGCAGGAAAAGGAGCAAAGCAGACCUGGGCUCAGACUCGGACAGCAUUCCGUUGAACAAAAGGAAUAAAUCUAAAGCGUUGAUAUCUAGCGACUCUUCGAGCGACGCAGGCAGUGAAAGUGAAGAUACUUCUCCGAAGAAAUCACAACGCCAUACGUUCGAAGAUAUUCGCAAGUACAAAGCCUGUCCUAGAUAUAAAAAAAUCGAGCAUUUCGGCGUAACCAACUACGAGGAGUUCGAAGAAACUGAAGGCAGAAAAGAUCUGGAAUACAUGAAGAAAAAACAUUGUCCUAAAGAAAUAUUACUAAUUCUCCCGAAGUAUCCGACCUCGUGUGAUAAUGAUGCUGAUUGUUUGUGUCAUGGCAAAAAGCAGGUUGUCAAGGACAAUUCCGUAAUCGACGAAGCCGUAGAAUCUAUUGUUACCAAAUUUGAAGAACAACGAGCUGCGACGCUUUCUAAAAACAUUGUCCGAGCUCCUAGAAAAAGAAAAGCGCAACCAGGCAAAACGUCCAAGUUGCGAAUGAAAAUGAGUAAAAGCGGACAUUUCCCGAGUUGGCAAGUGGUUAAUCAAGUUAAAAAUCAAAAAAGUGCCAAUCAGAAAGAGAAAGCGAACGAUCCAUCGGAUAGCGCUACUCUGCCUCCGACGUCGCCAUCGCCCGUUUCAACAGCUACGAAGUCUGAUAAUGAUUCAUCGACGGUAUCUCAAGGUAAGCAAUCAUUAGAGAGUACCGUAACGGAAGACGAUGCAAAUGACGAUUUUAAAGAUUUACCAAAGUAUAACGCGUUCAAAAAUUCCGAUUUAACUACGAUCAAAUUAGCUACAAUCGGAGUUCGUAUGAGCGAUUCGGCAUUAGUUUAUGUUUGCAAAACCAACGGCUGUGAUUACGAAAGCGUGGACAUCGCGAUGUUCGCGCUUCAUCUCACUUUUCUUCAUAAAGAUUGGAAAAUCAAAGCCGGGUGUAAACUUUGCGGAUACAUCCGGAAGUUCUUAAAUUUGAAAUCGGCAUUUCGACAUCUGCUCCAGGAACAUUUAGAUGUUAAUCCUGAUCUAAAUCAAAUUGCAGUUACGCCUAACAUUCAGAUAAAAGAAGAGCCAUUAGACGAAACACCUUCGCAGGACGUAGUGCUCGAUGAAGAAGGUACACACGAAGACCAUGCUCCUACUGAAAAUGUUGCUUCGACUUUUCAACCUGUUCCAGUUGCUGUGGUACCGCCAUUUCGGCUGAUGUCUGCUCCAACUCCCCCGCCAAGAGUGCCAUCUCCAGAAAAAGUUCCUGCAUCACCUCCGAUUUCUUCAGCAUCAAAAAAUCCGCCUAAAAUAAGAGUGAGAAGAUUUAGCGGUGAUUUAUUGUCGGGACCAGAUGCAUUGAGUGAUUCUCAACGAUCGACCCCCGAAAUUGGAAAUGUUCUAGAACAAGUGGCAAAUUCACCAUUAGAAACGGUUGUUUUUGGACCUUUAACUGAAAAAGUUCCUAAUUUACCUUCUACGAAUGCUGAUACGGUCGUGACAACGUUGUUACCAAAUGCAGGAUCUUCAUCCUCAACUACCAAUAAUACUGUUACCUCAACCAAUACGCAACAAAUUCAAAACAUGGAUAACGCUUUACCGAACGCUGCUACCGAAUUGGAUCUCAUAUCGAAUAAUUUCACCGAAGCCGAAUUGAACUUGAUACAGUUUUAUAAAUGUUCCGAACCAACUUGCGGUUUUGCUACCAAUCACAAAAAAGAAUUUUUAAAUCAUUUGCACAAUAUUCACAGAUGUGGCGUAAAAAUUGGCGUAAAAAGAAGCAGAAAAUUCGAUCCGGAUUGUUUACUGUGUAAAUAUUGUAGUAAAAAAUUCGAUACCCCUGAAAUGCUGGUAAUUCAUAUGGAGAAGUAUGAAAUCUGCAAAUUUCAGUGCGCAUAUUGUGAAUUCAGAGCAUCCAGACCAGUUUUUGUGCUAUGGCAUCUGAAUUUAUCUCAUGUUGGUCGAACGACCAAGAUUCUGGUCUCAAGUUUGGAUGAUAAUAAAAUUGAUGUCGCUAAUUCGAGUGUGGAAAAAGACCUCAAAGAAGUGGUGAUUCCUUUAAAUUGUGUUCAUUGUAAUAAUUUCCGAUCGAUUUCAUUCGAUGAAUAUAAACAUCACUGGAAGAAAAAUCAUUCACAGACGGAUUCUUGGGAAUGUUAUAUCUGCAAAACACCCUACCUUUCCGUGGAUCGUGGCUUAAACCAUUUAAAAUUACACGGCUAUGGGGAAUAUCAAUGCGUAUAUUGUAUACACGGCGCUGCUACCGAAGACGUCAUUAAAACUCACUUGAUGAGAGAACACUACACGCUGUAUCCGAAAGUAGUGAAACGUAUUCUGGCGAAGGAUCCUGAAACGGCGCACAGAUUCGACGAUUACGUUGAAAUAUUGGAUUUGGAUAAACCGUUUGAUAAACUGAAACAGUAUUUUCUAGUAAUAAAUCAAAAUAAAGCUUCCGCGAUUACGUUACACGCAGAUACGCCGGACGGAAUUGUGUCAGCUACCGGUAUAUACGUUUUGAAUAAAAAUAAAGAAUAUGUACUGAACGUAUUGAAUUUGGAGGCAACAGAAAAGCAUAGAGAAAUGCGAGACGCCUCCUCGAGUAGGAAAGGAAGCAAUGAAACGUUGACAGGAAAACGUAACGAUGGUAUUUUGCUUCCAGCAAAUGUAAUUAGUGAAACCAGUGACAAUGCUGGUGAUUCAAAUAACGACGAUGUAAUCGCGGUGUGUAGUUCGGAUGAUGAUGAUUCCAGUGAUAGAUUGGUGAUAAAUGAAGAUGCGCAGGCUGCUGCGUCUAAAACUGCCAUCGCGAAGUCUAUGGAUUCCAGUGGGUUGUGUGGAACGGAUUUAUACAAAUGCGGAUUUAUUGGAUGUACAGCAGCGUUCGAAUCAUUCCAUCCAUUCAAAGAUCAUUUAUCGACUUGUGACAACGCUCGUAAUCGCUCAUCACCCAAGUGUCCGCAUUGCAAUCGAACAUUCCAAAAGAACGCCGCAUUUUUAACUCAUAUUGGCCUUCAUGGUAUUCCAAGAUACAUAUGUUCGCUUUGCGAUAACCGAUUUGCGACGCCUAAAAAAGCCGAGGAUCACGUCAAACAGCACCACAGAGUGAAUUCAUUCAAAGUCAUUCCCGCCAACCCGUUGAAGAAUAAUUCUCACGAAGAUCUUUACGUUGUUGUACCUAACUCGGAAAAAGGAGGCGGCAAAGGCAAACAAUUUAAAAAAGUUUCAGAUUCGAAAAAUCUGCCUUCAACCUCCGCCGCAACGACGGCUGAAUCAAAAGAAGCCGCCGUCGAUUUCCCCGCCAAACAAAUAACUACUGUAUAUAGUUUACGAGACGUGGAACGAUAUUUACCAAUGCAAUUAUUUUCCGAACCGGUCACUUGCGGAAUCUGUUCGACGUAUGAUUCGAAAGUGCGCCAGAAUAUUAUUCUUCACUUGAAAUGCCAUUCAACGGGGUUAGGUCCGGUGAAGGAUAUCACAAAUCCUGUACCAUGCACCGAUAAAUCAGAAUUGAUGUUUAACAAAAUGACGAACCACGCCGCGUUUAGCUCUAAAGCCGAAGAUAAAAAGAUCAAAUGUUUGAUCGAAAAAGUGGAAGCGUAUUCGGGAGACAAGAACGAAAUCAUCCCAGCAUUUGUACCUAAGACCUUACGAUACAGCUGCGGUGCUCCGGAUUGUGUCUAUCGAUCAACAGACGCCAUCAGAUUGAAAAUUCAUUGGGAAACGUUACACUCGGAUUUGAAUUUCAACUGCCCUCAUUGCAAUGUAUUUAUUCCAGUCGAAAAGAUACACACGCAUUUAAGGUAUCAUGAUGGCAGAUUGUACAAAUGUUAUUAUUGUACUAAGCUGCAUUAUCAAAGACAAGGUAUUGAAAAUCAUCAAAUAGAAAAUCAUCCCGAAUCUCCGUCUCAGGUUCAGGUGAUUAGAGAUUUAACGCCAGAAGAAAUCGAAGAAAUUUGUCGCGAAACUAGAUAUCAACAUGAUGUAUCGCAAAAUCGUAAUACUGUCGCAUAUCCAAAAUCCAAUCUGUGGAAAUGUAAUUUAUGCAAAUGCUGCCCGAUGAUAUCGGAACAGCUUAUAAAAGCUCAUUGUUUGACGUGUCAUCGCGUCGAUAAACAAUAUAAAUGCUGUCUGUGUAGUUUCACCGACGAUGAUAAAAAUGAGGUCAACAAACAUAUGACCGAAAAACACGAAUCCAUUUCUCAAGUUGUUGUGACUGUUUAUAACGAGAUAACCGAGAAUGAAGAAAAUUUACAGUCAUCCGAUGCUUCGAGUCCUAAUAAGAGUAGAAGAGACUCCCAGUCUUCAAAUCAAGCUGACGAGCAGCAAAAUAUGGCGCGGAAUUCUGAUAGAAAUGCUGCUGAUGAGUCGAAUUCAUCUAGAAACGAAUUUGAAGAUUUGUCGAAUCCCGAAAUGAACGAUCUGUUGAUAUUACCGCUGUCUAACAAUCGUUACAAAUGCCCGUUCUGUGAGGAAUAUAAUACGCCCGAUAAGCAGAGCAUGAGAGAACAUUUGUACCAAGAAAAAAAAUACGAAAGGUACGUUUGUUAUGAUUGUGGAACUCAUAGUGUUACCGAAGAUGAGAUCAUAAAACACGCGGAAGCUAAUCACGGAUUGAAUAUCAAUGUUGGCAAAUUCUCUGAAGAUGAAGUUAUUGAGAAACAGGUUGAACAAAUAUUGGACUAUCAACAAAAUAGAUUUACUCAAGUUAAUAACGAAGGUUCUAUUGAGAUAUCAUCGGAAGAAGAAGAAGAAACAUCAGCUCGUGCUAAUGUUUCUUCUGGAGUUAAAUUACCGUUGGUUAAUUCAGCCACCUCGGAAUUUCGUUGCACUCAAUGUCCCAAAGUGUGUUCAAAUUCAGCCGGAUUGAAAAAUCAUAUUAACUACGUCCACGGUAAAAAAAACGCGAAAAAAGGUAAAGCUCUGAUGACGGUAACUACCAAGCCCGCAGCUAGAAUAAGCCCAGUGAUGGGCUCCACGACGAUUGUGCCGAACAUCAACGGAGUGUACCCGUGUUCGUAUUGUCAAAAAGAAUUUACUUCAAGUACAAUCGCAAAACACCUAUGUGUUUGUCCGAACUAUACCAAGUCGAAUGAUACAUCUCCAACUAAACUGGGCGAAUUCAGAGUAUUGGCCAACGAUCGUAAACUGGCGUGUUCUUAUUGCGGCAAAAGAUGUAAUCCUGCGAGCUUGGAUGACCAUAUAAUUUUGUGUAAAUUCCAACAGAUGAGCCGUUCUCUUCCCAGAAAGAGUUGCGAUUUCUGCGCCCUGGAAAUGGACGAAUCGUCGCUGAAGAAGCACAUAAAAUAUAAACAUCAGCCAAUGGAGUGUUUACACUGUGAUAAAAUCUUAACUGGAAGCGAAGGAUUAGAAAAUCACGUUCAAGAAUCGUUGAUUAACAUAAGCGGCUCGAAUCGAGCUUGUGUCGCUCAAGAAAAAGACGUCGUAAUUAUGUGCCCGUAUUGUCCUACCGGGUUGAUCGGCCAGUCGUACGAUAAAUAUUUGUAUAUUUCCGAUCACAUAUCCAAGAAGCAUAAUCCUGUCGAAAUUACGAAAAAAGUAGGUGUGAAAAUUCGAAAUACAGUGCGCGAAUUAAUGGACUCGGAAAUCGCCUUAAUGCAGAGUAAAUAUAAUCAAGAACAACAGGCGUUGAAUUCGAUGACUUUGCCAACUGAUGCUAAGAAAAAACGAAAUGUGGCUAUAAAAUCAACGUCUCGAGCUCCCCCUACGAGUGUACUGCGAGUCAGCAGUGAUACGAUAGCUACUGAUGAAAGCUUUCGUCCUUGUGUGAUACCGAAAAUUAAUAUUAUUUAUAAAAAUUCCAAAUGAUGAACAUCACUUCGAUCUCAUUCUCAUUGCGUUUUUGAUUGAAAUACUUAGAUUUCGUUUACAACAGCUGUGAACAAUCUUCAAAAGUAAGCUGUAGAGAAGAAAAUUGACGUACAAAUCAAAUAACAAACCUUGUAAUCAAUUAUGUGAAACAUCGGACUUUUGGUAGGUAGUGGGAUUUUCCGACAUUAUAAACGAGGUUUUUUAUAAUAUGACUCAAGGUGUAAGAUUUUUAAUUUUGUGGUGUUUUUUUCUUUUCUUCGGUUUUUAUUCACGCGACAACGAUCGAUUAUUUUGCGAAAGUAAUGGUACUUUGCCUAUUUUAUUUUUUAUCAUUGUUUUCGAGUAAAACAAGUCAUUCGUAAAGAUUCGGGUACGAAAAAAUUCAUGAAAUGUGUCAAGCAACGGAAGUUUGACUCUAUUAUAGUAUUAUUUUAUUUAUGUAUAAUGUAUAAUUUUAUUAAGAUAUUUAUGAAUCGUUCUUUCAUUUGAAAAGGUUUUAAUCUUUUUUUCUCCUUGUAAUGUGUGUUACCAUUCAAUUGAAUGCAUAAUAACGUAUUUUAAAAUUUUUCUUUUAAAGAUUAAUUAUUCUUAUUUGCAUUUGAUCAAUUUUUAUUUUUGCGAUAUGUUUUCGAAGAUUAACUUAAUAUUAGAUUACGUACACUGUUGUCUCGUUCAUCUCAUUACCUAUAUGUAAAUAAUUACGUUAAAUUUUUUUUGUGCCUAAGGAGUGUUGUAGUACUUUGCUAAAAUUGUUACAUAGUAUUAUUUCUUUUUUUAAAUAUGUCCUAAAACUCUUUCGACGUAACGUAAAAAGUUGGAGUAUUUCAAAUUCCUCUUUAUUAUUAGGAUGUAGGUUUGUGCAAACUGUGAUGACUUUUUGUUUUUGUUUUGUUGAGGUUUGAUAAUACGUUGUCCACUUUUCUAUGAACGAUCGUGGUACUUUUUUCAAUUACGUACAUUAAUAUAUUUUGAAUUUUCUACAAUUAAUCACCCAGUGUAAUGCGUUACGUUUUUUUUUGUUUUUGAUUCGCGCUUUCAUCAUCUUGGCUAUCUACCUACAAUGUUAUGUAAAUUUUAGAAAAGUGCCCAAGCCAUUUUCCACGUACUUCGAGGGAUUUAUUUCUCAAAAUAUCAUUUCGUACGUAACGCAGAUGGGUAUUUCGAUGUCGUAGUAUAUUGUAGAAUUUCUCCUACCGUUGAGUCUGGCGGUUAAUAUUUGUUUUAAAAAUGUGAUAUUUUGUACGUUUUCUUUCUUCUUUUUUUUCUAAAUUUACGAUUAGUUUGCAUUUUGUAUUUUUAUUUUACUUUUCAUUAAGUACGUACUGUGUUCUGUUGUAAAUAUGGGGCUCGAAUUAUACCUGUGAAGUUUUUUAUAA